CAUCACCCCCUUUAUCCCCCCACAGCCUUCCUGGGGGGUGCGGACGAGGGCCCCCCAUGUACCCCCACUAUGGGGUGGGCAGCAGAGGGGCCGGGGACCAGCGGCAAGAACCGGCGCGUGUCCCAAGCUAUGGCAAGGCUGGAGAUGGGAAACCUAUGGCAGGAGUUCAACCGCUUGGGUACCGAGAUGAUCGUCACCAAGGCAGGGAGGAGGAUGUUCCCAACCUUCCAAGUGAAGCUGUCGGGGCUGGACCCACUCUCUGACUAUGUCCUGCUCAUGGACUUCAUCCCGUUGGAUGACAAGAGAUACAGGUACGCCUUCCACAGCUCCUCCUGGCUGGCAGCAGGACGGGCAGAGCCAGCAGCCCCCGGACGGGUUCACUUCCAUCCGGAUUCCCCAGCCAAGGGAUCCCAAUGGAUGCGGCAGAUUGUGUCCUUUGACAAGCUCAAGCUGACCAACAACGUCCUGGAUGACAAUGGGCACAUCAUCCUGAGCUCCAUGCACCGGUACCAGCCCCGGUUCCAUGUGGUGCUGCUGGAUCCGCAGCAGGACAGUGAACGCUUCGCACACAACAACUUCAAGUCCUUCAGCUUCCCCGAGACCCAGUUCAUGGCAGUGACCGCGUACCAGAACCACCGGAUCACCCAGUUGAAGAUUGCCAGCAACCCCUUUGCCAAAGGGUUUCGGGAUGGGGACACUGAGGCAUGGUAA